AUGGAAUUGGAUAGGGAAUUGGAUGAGCUCAUUGAGGAUGAGCUUGUCGAGGAUGAGGUCAACGAGGAUGAUGUUGAUGAGGAUAAGGUCGACGAGGAGGACAAGGUCGACGAGGAUGAGGUCAACAAGGAUGAGGACGACAAGCAUAAGCAUAAGGACGUCGAGGAUAGGGUCAACGAGGAGGACAACAACGUUAAGGACGUCGACAAGAACAACAACGACGAGGACAUUGACGAGGACACUGACGAGUGCGUUGACGAGGACAUUAACGAGUGCAUCGACGAGGGCAUUGACGAGUGCGUCGACGAGGGCAUUGACGAGUGCGUCGACAAGAACAAGGACGAGGACAAGGACGUCGAGGAGGACAAGGUCAACGAGGAUAAGGACGAUGGGGAUAAGGUAGACGAGGAUAAUGUUGACGAGUAUGAGCACGUCGAGCAUGAGCACGGCAAGCAUGAGGACAUCAAGUUCGACAAUAAGAUAUGUAUUAAGUAG